GGCCAAAACUCAUCAUUUUUGGGUGAAUCAGUCUCAAAAUGAAGCUACAAUUUUUUAUUGCUUUGACUCUAACUUUGGCCAAAGCUGAGAAUCCCGAUUCUGCAGUGCAAGCCCUGAAGCAAGAAAGUGGACUUUCAUGGGUGUUUCCAAACCCUGGAGUCGUCCAAAUGCAAUACCGCGCAAAUUUGGUCAAAAAUCUCGACCAUGAAGUCGAUGGUAGUGUAAUUCUGGAGAAAAAUUUGCUUGGGGGCGAUCCUGUGGCAGUUGGGGGGGGAAUUCACUACAGUCACACCCCGAGUAAAGUCAAUUUUGGGGUUCAAGCUGUUCAUGGGGCUCAGGGGACGCAAUUUGGGGCUCAAGCCACCCGAAAAGUCUACCAAGGGGGAAAUAAUGCCGUCGAUGUGGGGGUUGUCUAUGGGCAACAUUUUGGGGGUCCGGGAGGGAAUAGUAGACCUGUGGUAGGUGCAGUAGUCAAAACAACACUUUAAACUUGUAUUA